GCAAAGAAUACAGGGAAAUAUCUCAGUCCCGGAACCUUCGACUCGCUCCAGGUUGUGUGUGUAUGUGUGUUAGUUGGUGUGAAGGUGCAGGGAGGAACACACACUCACACCCCAACACGCCACCGGCGGAGUGAAAACGGACUGUAAUCUACCGAGAAGUGACCCGGAGCAGCCUUCACACCCCCAUCACACCAAAAGCGUCUCUCCUCCACCUCUCAGCCUGAGCGGAUUACAGCAGGACGGGCACUGAAAUCUGAAAUCACGCUUCGUUUUACAACGCAACAGCUCCUACAACACGAACCCGAGACUGUCUCAGGGGAGAACUUGUACAAAACCAUUUAAAAGAAGAAAAAGAAACAGAAAAGGAAAAUGUUUCGUUUAGUUUUGGCAGCUGUUCGGAACAAACCAGGAUAACGACCAACCAAGGAGGGCUGCGUCUCGGAACUAAAGAGACUGAAGAGACAUAGGAGGCUCCUGUUUUUGUGCUUCAUCUUUGGAUCCCCAGGAUUGCUGUUUGGGAUUUCACUCAACGGAUGCAUUUCGGGGUAGCUGAGCAUAUGCGAGAGUGUGAGUACAGUCAGAUCAGCACUCGCAGCUCGACACCAAUGGAGUCCCCACAUAAGAGAAGGACUAUGAAGAGGAAGUGGCAGGUUUUCCCUGGAAGGAAUAAAUUCUAUUGUGAUGGCAGGAUUAUGAUGGCAAGACAGACUGGCGUCUUCUACCUAACUCUCGUUCUCAUCGUCAUCACAAGUGGACUCUUCUUUGCAUUUGACUGUCCAUUCUUGGCAAACACACUGACGCCAGCCAUCCCUGUGAUCGGCGGUGUACUGUUCUUCUUCGUGUUGGGGACGUUACUCAGGACCAGCUUCAGUGACCCCGGGGUGCUGCCCAGAGCCACUCCAGAAGAGGCUGCAGACCUGGAGAGACAGAUAGACAUUGCCAAUGGCUCCAGCUCUACAGGAUACAGACCUCCCCCGAGGACGAAAGAGAUCACGAUUAAUGGGCAGACCGUGAAGCUCAAGUACUGUUUCACCUGCAAAAUCUUCAGACCGCCGCGUGCCUCUCACUGCAGCCUUUGUGAUAACUGUGUGGAGCGAUUUGACCAUCACUGUCCCUGGGUGGGCAACUGCGUUGGAAAGAGAAACUACCGGUUCUUCUACAUGUUCAUCCUGUCGCUAUCCUUCCUGACCAUCUUCAUCUUUGCCUUCGUCAUCACACACGUAAUCAUGCAAUCCCAUAAAAAAGGCUUCCUCACCGCACUCAAAGACAGUCCUGCCAGUGUGCUGGAGGUCGUGGUGUGUUUUUUCUCUGUUUGGUCAAUUGUAGGACUCUCUGGUUUCCACACCUACCUGAUUGGAUCCAAUCAGACCACAAAUGAAGAUAUAAAAGGAUCAUGGUCGUCAAAAAGAGGGAAAGAAAACUACAAUCCUUACAGCUACGGAAACAUAUUCACAAACUGCUGUGCAGCCCUCUGCAGUCCUCUUCCGCCCAGUCUCAUUGACAGAAGAGGCUUCGUCCUGCCUGAUACGCCUCAGCCUGCGCCUCCCACCAAUGGCAUCACAAUGUACGGUGCCACUCAGUCCCAGACACACAUGUGUGACCAAGACCAGUGCAUUCAGAGCACCAAAUUCGUUUUGCAGGCCGCUGCCACUCCCUUGCUGCAGAGCGAGCCCGUAGUCAUGGCGGAUGAGUCGUCUCUUCCUGGCAGGACAGCUCUGGGUGGUCCGUGCACGCUGCUUCCCUUAGGCCAGCCCACCCCACCGACCUCCACGCCUAACCUGAGCUGUGAACAAGAGAUGCUGCACCAGAGCCAUCCUGCACCAGAGGCCCACCACCACUUUCUUACACCAGAGGAAGCCCCAUCGCCUCCUGGCAUGCUGCCCUGCGGCAGCCCGCUGGGCCACAGCCAUACCAUGCCUUUCUACAACCCUGCCAGUCAGGACUCCCUCCAUGAGGACUCCGUCAGGGGCCUGGUCAAACUCAGCUCAGUUUAAAUGUUCAUGUAACCUUCCUCCGUCCUUCAACACCUCCCUUUAAUCUGGGCCACGAACUUGGCCACUACUCAAUUUAACCACCUUUUUUUUCCUCCUUUACUUGCCAUCAUGGGCUUUAAAGAUGGCCUGAACACAGUUUGCGAUACUCCAGACUGUCAGAACUUAAAGGAUUUCUCUCUUUGCUCGUCUGUGGACUGUCUAUGGAUGCACGACCUACUGCCCUGAAGGCUGGGUGGCUGUUAAAAACAAAGGGCUGUACCUGAUGGAGUGUACCGUACCAUGUAAGAGGUGGUCUUACAGUUCCUCUGGAAAAAGCUGCUUCAUGUCUAGGUUGCUGGGCUCCCUUUAUUGUCUUUUUUUGUUGUUGUUGUUGUUUUUCUUUUUUUUGUAAAUUUGACAAGCCUGGCAACUGAAAACGAACAGUGUUCUGCCUUUCAUAUUUCUUGAGAUUACUGUUGACAGUUGAUCACGUGAGUUGCUGUCAUCAUGUUGCAUAUCACAGCGUUAUUUUUUAAGUUACAUAUUUUGAAAGGAAUAUGGUAUUGUAUUGUGCCAUCAUUUUUUUUUCCAACAAAUUGGUAUAUUUCCUGUGGAUAUUAAUAAAUUCCCAGAGUUUUUAAAUGGGAUUCUGUAACCGUUUGUGCAUCUCUCGAGUCCCUGGAUUGAAUGACUCAGUGUCGUAUGCUGCAUAACUGCGGUGUUAUCUUGUGACAAUUGCCUGUGGUUGUUAUCCACCAAGACCUUUAAUACUGUGUCAUGAAAGGAUGCACUGCCCAAUAAAAUCUUCAAAUUCGCCCA